AUGGCGCAAGACACCGCAUGUAUAAUUAAAGGCGACCCCCAUUAUCUCACCUUCGAUGGACUCAAGUAUGAUCAUAUGGGAAAUUGCAGUUACGCUGUCGUUGCUUGGUGUGGUGGAACGUUUGCUACAAGGCCAUGGCAAGUUAUAUCAGUUCGCACCAAGGAGAUAAAUCCCAAGCGACCUGGCCAUACCCGUAUUGUUGGUGUAAUUUUGCGUCGAUUUGGCACAGGUCACUUUACCGAAGUUAUCGCUCCAGAUUGCAGUGUCAAGUUGAAUGGACGGAAUAUGGACCUUGAAUCUCAACCGUUUAGAAACUUUCCAAACCACGGAAGUAUAGAACGCGUCGGUGAAUUCAUUGUAGUUGAAUCGUUCAACCAAUACAGAGCCGUCUUCGAUUGUGAAAAGAAAAGAUUGGACAUCUUUAUAACAUACGAAGGAGCUGCUGGCAACCUUUGCGGUCUAUGUGGUAAUUACAAUGGCGACGCCAGUGAAGCAGACGAGUUUCAGGGGCAUGGGUCACUGGAUGCCCUCGCAGAAGCCUUUCGAUCUCCGGAUCCGGAUUUACAGUAA